UUGCAGAGAAUGAUGGCGAUACCCAUAACGGAUCGACUACAUUGACCAGGACUUUAAUCGUUCUGCUGCUGAACGUCAUACCAGGGACAUAUCUCAUACCAUGGCUCUGCAGAGAGUGUCCUUCAGAAUCCGACAAACGGUAGCGUGUGCUCGGUCCAUUCAUACCAGUGGGUGUCGACAUCUGCAGGAGGCAUUGGCCGUAGAACCAGAGAGGAACCCCGAACCCUUCUCCAUCUUCAGGACCCAGGAGAGCGAUCCUGCUUGUCAGUUGGAGAACCAUGUGGGUCAGUACUACACCCUUCCACCUGCCCACAUUCAGACAGUGUUUCCUCAUGGCCUACCUGCACGCUUCCAACUUCAGAUGAAGACCUUCAAUGAAGGCUGCGUGAUGGUGAGGCCGCCCGCCCUGGAAGUCAUCUCCUACUUGAAGAGAGCCGACUACAGUAAACCCGCCCUGCGCUUCCUCUUUUAUGGAGUGAAAGGCAGUGGAAAGACAAUGUCCCUCUGUCACACGGUUCACUACUGCUCUACACAAGGAUGGCUGGUGGUUCAUAUACCUGACGCCCACCUCUGGGUGAAGAACUGCAAGGAGCUGCUGCCCUCGUCGUACAACGGCUCUCGAUUCGACCAGCCCCUCCAGGCCACCAACUGGCUCCGUAACUUCAGGGUCACCAACGAGCAGUUCCUCUCAAAGAUUCAGACCAGGCAUCGCUACGUCUGGACCAAGAGGGAGUUCACAGAGGAGGGGCGGCCGUUAGGGGAGCUUGUGGAUCAGGGCAUUACCCGUGUGAAGAGCAGCAGUGACGUGGUGGGCGCAGUCAUCAAGGAGCUGCGGCUGCAGAGCGGCCAGCCGGAGGGGUGCUUCAGGAUGGCCGUGGCUGUAGACGGGCUCAACGCCCUCUGGGGAAGAUCCACCAUCAAGAAGGAGGAUAAGAGCCCUGUAUCUAUAGAGGAACUGACUUUGAUGCAUAACCUGAGGAAGCUGGUGAAAAAUGACUGGUGUGGAGGAGCCAUCAUCACUGCCCUGUCCCAGACCGGGUCGCUCUACACCCCUAAGACCGCCUACCUGCCUCAUGUUCUGCUGGGAGAGGAGGGCUUUGACAGAAUGGAUCCAUUUGUCCCGGUGACCGUCUCCAAUUACAGUGAGAAGGAGUUUGAGAGCUGCUACCUGUACUACCAGGACCGCCAGUGGCUGCAGCACCCACAAAGUAGGACCGAGGAGGGGAAGAAGGAACUGGUGUUCAUGAGCAACAGAAAUCCGUCUGCGUUGGAGAGGCUCUGUGCUUUCCUCUGAAGACACUUCCUAAAUAUGAUCAUAACGACAUGCAUGUGUCAGGUCCCUCCAUCAAUGUCGUUCUCUGUACAUUUUGUUGAAUGUUUUGUUAUAAAAUGGUAUAAAUAAAUAAUAAAAAAGGUAAACAUGCA